UAAAAGUAAGUGGUAGAAAUUUUAAUAAUUUACCACCACAACCUACAGCAAUAUUUUUAUUCAUAUUGAUAUUAAUGUGCCACAAAAGUCAUUUUCAUGCAAUUGAAACGGCAGCUGAUGUAUUGACUGAUCCCAAAUUUACAUAUCCCAUAGCAAAUGUUACCGCCUCUGUGGGACGUGAUGCAUUUUUAACUUGUGUCGUACAAGAUUUAGGUUCAUAUAAGGUAGCGUGGCUGAGGGUAGACACUCAAACAAUAUUAACCAUACAAAAUCAUGUCAUUACGAAAAAUCAACGUAUUGGUAUAACGAAUUCAGAACACAAAACCUGGACAAUGCGUAUUAAGGAUAUAAAGGAGAGUGAUAAAGGCUGGUAUAUGUGUCAAAUAAAUACGGAUCCAAUGAAAUCACAAAUGGGUUACUUAGAUGUAGUGGUGCCACCGGAUAUACUAGAUUAUCCUACUAGUACGGAUAUGGUGGUACGUGAGGGUAGUAAUGUGACGCUCAAAUGCGCUGCUACCGGUUCACCGGAGCCGACAAUUAUAUGGCGACGUGAAAAUGGAGUGGCCAUUGAAUUGGCCAACGGUACCGAGGUUCUGCAUGUCGAAGGUACUAAUCUGAUUUUACCACGAGUAAAACGUCAACAUAUGGGUGCCUAUCUAUGCAUAGCCUCUAAUGGUGUACCUCCUUCAGUGAGCAAAAGAAUUACACUGAUAGUACAUUUCCCACCCAUGAUUACGGUACAAAAUCAACUUAUUGGCGCCGUUGAAGGUAAAGGAGUAAUACUGGAAUGUCAGUCAGAGGCCUUUCCUAAAGCCAUCAAUUAUUGGACAAGAGAAAGAGGAGAAAUCGUGCCGCCAGGUGGUAAAUUUCUCUCAAAUGUUACUGAAAUUGGCGAAUAUCGUAGUUCGAUGAAGUUGCACAUAAAUCCAUUGACUAUGACAGAAUUCGGAGCAUAUCGUUGUGUAGCCAAAAACUCAUUGGGGGAUACUGAUGGCACAAUUAAGUUAUACAAAAUACCUUCAAGUACGGUCAAUUAUGUAGAUGGCUACGACAGUCGAUAUAAAGGCAAAAAACGCAUAAAAUCCUCUGAACUUUAUCAUCAAUCGAAAGUAACCUCCAGUGAAAGCGAAGAAAAUGAAAAUCCUGGUAAGCGGAAAGAUCUUCUCAUGAUUAGUGAGUUUGAGGAUUACUAUCCCAAUUCCUCAACAACAGACAUGGUUGCAUCCUGCACAUCCUUAACAACCUUCAGCAUAGCAGUCAUUCUACUAAAUUGGUGUCAGCGACAUUGA